AUCCCCCGUCGAGUACCAACACUCGGGAGAAAACCCAGAAGCUUUUAUGCGUCUCUCUCUCUUCCCUCCUCCUUCUGCUUCUCUUUCUCUCUCUUCCUCUUUCCAAGUUACAUUAAUUCUUCUGUGAUUUAUCGAUCGGGCGACAGUAAUCUCCAGCCAUGACGAUGAUGACUCCUCAGCCGUUGGAUCAACAGGAAGAUGAAGAGAUGCUGGUGCCGCACUCGGAUUUAGUCGAAGGCCCUCAGCCUUUAGUUGAAGGGCCUCAGCCAAUGGAAGUAGCGUCAGCAGACAAUGCUGGAACUGUUGAGAACCAGGCAAGUGACGAGCCCCAAGCGUCACGUUUCACAUGGACAAUCGAGAACUUUUCGCGGUUGAAUAUGAAGAAGCUCUAUUCUGAUGUGUUCGUUGUUGGGGGUUAUAAAUGGCGGGUGCUUAUUUUUCCGAAGGGCAAUAAUGUGGACUACUUGUCAAUGUAUUUAGAUGUGGCUGAUUCAUCUAGCUUGCCAUAUGGCUGGAGUAGAUAUGCACAGUUUAGCUUGGCUGUAGUCAAUCAAAUCAAUAGCAAAUAUACAAUGAAAAAAGACACACAGCACCAGUUCAAUCAAAGGGAGAGCGAUUGGGGCUUCACAUCUUUCAUGCCCCUCAGUGAGCUUUAUGACCCCAACAAAGGAUACCUUGUGAAUGACACUUGCGUUGUUGAAGCUGAUGUUGCUGUACGUAAGGUCAUUGAUUACUGGACAUAUGACUCAAAGAAGGAGACGGGCUACGUUGGACUUAAGAACCAGGGAGCAACUUGCUACAUGAACUCUUUGCUCCAAACUUUGUACCAUAUUCCUUACUUCAGAAAGGCUGUAUAUCACAUGCCAACAACAGAGAAUGAUAACCCCACAGGAAGCAUCCCUUUGGCACUGCAGAGUUUAUUUUAUAAGCUCCAGUAUCAUGAUACGAGUGUUGCUACGAAGGAAUUGACCAAAUCAUUUGGAUGGGACACAUAUGACUCAUUUAUGCAACAUGAUGUUCAAGAACUUAAUAGAGUUUUAUGUGAAAAGCUUGAAGACAAGAUGAAGGGAACAGUUGUUGAAGGGACUAUACAGAAGUUGUUUGAAGGGCACCAUAUGAAUUACAUAGAAUGCAUCAAUGUGGACUUCAAAUCUACGAGAAAAGAAUCAUUUUACGACCUUCAACUUGAUGUAAAAGGUUGUAAGGAUGUCUACGCUUCAUUUGAUAAGUAUGUGGAAGUUGAACGUCUUGAAGGAGAUAACAAAUAUCAUGCUGAAGAACAUGGUUUGCAGGAUGCAAAGAAGGGUGUCUUGUUCAUUGACUUUCCUCCAGUUCUCCAGCUUCAGUUAAAGCGGUUUGAGUACGAUUUUAUGAGAGAUACGAUGGUCAAGAUAAAUGAUCGGUACGAAUUUCCAUUGGAACUUGAUCUAGACAGAGAUAAUGGGAAGUAUUUGUCGCCAGAAGCAGAUAGGAGCGUACGAAACCUCUACAUGCUUCACAGUGUUUUGGUUCAUAGUGGUGGGGUGCAUGGUGGACAUUAUUAUGCAUUCAUCAGGCCGACACUUUCUGAUCAAUGGUACAAGUUUGAUGAUGAGAGGGUUACUAAAGAAGAUGUGAAGAGAGCAUUAGAGGAGCAGUAUGGUGGUGAGGAAGAGGUGAAAUUUCUGCCUUUUGAUUUUCUUUCUUACUUCCUUUUUUGUUUGUGUGCUUAUGUUCUCUUAUUUUUACAGUUGCCACAGACAAAUCCUGGCUACAACAACACUCCCUUCAAAUUUACAAAAUACUCAAAUGCAUACAUGCUUGUGUAUAUACGAGUUAGUGACAAGGAUAAGAUAAUCUGUGAUGUGGAUGAGAAGGAUAUUGCGGAACAUCUUCGGAUAAGACUGAAGAAAGAACAAGAAGAAAAGGAGGACAAGAGAAGAUAUAAAGCUCAGGCCCACCUUUAUACCAUUAUCAAGGUUGCUCGAGAUGAGGAUUUGAGGGAACAGAUCGGAAAAGAUAUAUAUUUUGAUCUUGUAGAUCAUGAUAAAGUCCGUAACUUCCGUAUCCAGAAACAGAUGCCUUUUAACCUUUUCAAGGAGGAGGUUGCCAAAGAAUUUGGUAUACCAGUUCAAUUUCAGCGUUUCUGGAUAUGGGCAAAGAGACAGAACCAUACAUACCGUCCAAACCGGCCGUUGACACCCCAGGAGGAAGCACAAACUGUUGGAGCAUUGAGGGAAGUUUCAAAUAAGGCCCACAACGCGGAACUGAAGUUGUUUUUGGAAGUAGAGUAUGGACUGGAUUUACAUCCAGUUCCUCCACCAGAAAAAAAUAAGGAAGACAUACUGCUGUUCUUUAAGCUUUAUGAUCCUGAGAAAGAAGAGCUUCGGUAUGUUGGGAGGCUUUUUGUAAAAAGCUCUGGGAAGCCAAUUGAGCUCAUAGCAAAAUUGAAUGAAAUGGCUGGAUUUACUCCUGAUGAGGAGAUUGAACUCUUUGAGGAAAUUAAAUUUGAGCCCUCUGUUAUGUGUGAGCGCCUUGAUAAAAGAGCUUCAUUUCGGUUUAGUCAGAUCGAAGAUGGGGAUAUUAUUUGCUUCCAGAAACAGCCUCCACCUGAAGGUGAAGAGACUGUCCGAUUUCCUGAUGUUCCUUCAUUUCUGGAGUAUGUGAAGAACCGCCAGAUUGUUCAUUUUCGAGCUUUGGAGAGACCCAAGGAGGAUGACUUUUGCCUAGAAUUAGCAAAGAAUCACACUUACGAUGAUGUUGUGGAAAAAGUUGCCCAGCGCCUUGGCCUAGAUGACCCCUCAAAAAUUAGACUUACUCCUCAUAAUUGCUACUCACAGCAACCGAAGCCCAACCCCAUUAAAUAUAGAUCAGUUGAUCAUUUGCUAGACAUGCUUGUCCAUUACAAUCAGAUUUCUGAUAUACUGUAUUAUGAAGUGUUGGACAUUCCUCUUCCAGAGUUGCAGUGUCUUAAGACACUCAAAGUUGCCUUCCAUCAUGCUACCAAGGAUGAGGCUGUAAUUCUGAAUAUUAGAUUACCAAAACAAAGCACUGUUGGAGAUGUGCUCAACGAAAUUAAAACAAAGGUAGAGUUGUCUCAUCCAAGUGCUGAGCUUAGGUUGCUUGAAGUUUUCUAUCACAAGAUUUACAAGAUUUUUCCUCUCCAUGAGAAGAUUGAGAACAUUAAUGACCAGUACUGGACUCUGCGUGCUGAGGAGAUUCCAGAAGAAGAAAAGAAUCUUGGGCCCAAUGAUCGCUUGAUUCAUGUUUACCAUUUCACAAAGGAGACUGCUCAGAAUCAAGUGCAAGUCCAGAAUUUCGGAGAACCAUUCUUUUUGGUCAUUCAUGAAGGUGAAACAUUAGCAGAUGUGAAAGCACGCAUUCAAAAAAAGUUACAGGUUCCAGAUGAGGAGUUUUCUAAGUGGAAGUUUGCCUUUUUGUCAUUGGGACGUCCAGAGUAUCUUGAGGACUCUGACAUAGUCUCCAGCCGUUUUCAGAGAAGAGAUGUAUAUGGUGCUUGGGAGCAGUACCUGGGCCUGGAACACUCAGACACUACUCCUAAAAGGGCAUAUGCUGCAAGCCAGAACCGCCACACAUUCGAGAAGCCAGUGAAAAUAUACAAUUAGAGACAUAUUAUACCUUUCCGAAAUACCUGAUUUGGCACCUUGAUGAGGAAGGCAAAAACCUUGAAAUGUGGAUAUGAAAGGAGAAUUAGGGCAGAGAACAGAAUGCAUGCCUUUCUAUUCUUCUUUGAAGACUCUCGUCUUUUCACUAUUAUUUGUCCUUUUGACUUGGAGAUUGGACGGGAGAUCCACCGUUAGAUGUAUUUCUUGUGGUUGGUAGACUUUUCGCUUCUCUUCCCAUUAUCACCUUGCUUUGAAAUUGUAGGAAACUGUUACAUUUUCCCUGUGUAUUUUAUCUUCCAUAACAAGAUUUUGAUUGUCAUGGGGUUGUAAAGUGGGUAUAGUUAGGGAUUACAUAUUGUCUCCUGCCAUUUUGGUGUCUCCUUUUUGUCAUUUUUUCUCUUCGAGUUUCCUAUCCCCUUGUUUUGAUUGUAUGUCAUGUUCUAUAUAAAUAGGGGAUAUGGUUGUAAAAGGAACAAUUAUGUUGUUUUUUGAGUACAUAUAUUUUAUUAUCCCCAUUAUUCAGAGCCUUGAA